GUUCAUAAUCAGCCACAUUUCGUUGAAAAUAGCAUGUAACUUUCAGGUAACGGACGGCGACGAGGCACCUGAGCUGUGGUCGGAUGAGCAGGAGGGCUGGGCAACCGGUCAAGGAUGGAAUCUCGAGGAUGGACCCGGCGAGCUGCUUCACAGGCUGGCGUUGUUCCAGGUCAUCGGCAUUAGAAUGGAUCAGCGCGAGUCCUUCUUGCGGUGGUACAAGAACUCGCAGAUUAUGACUGUCGAGGGCAUUACCGCUCAAGACCUGAAGAUGCCAUGCGCCUUCACGACUAUGUUUGAUGCGGGGAUACAAGAGCGCCUCACGCAGGUAGGCAUGUCGCUUUUCGACGUGAAGAAGGUGGAGAAGGCGAUGGAGGAGGCGGCGAAGGCGGCGAAGGAGGCAGCGAAGCUGCUCGAGGCACCCAAAUCACGAAAGUCGGGCUCGUUGCCAACACCAGGCGGCCCCUCCCUCGGGUCGUCCUCUGCUAACCAGCGGCAGGGAAAACGUACCAGCGAGAAGGUGACCAAGAAGAUUGAGAGCGUGUACGGGCAGGCUGUGUUGGCGAGCCGGGAGGCCUUCAAGAGCCUGGAGCCCUCGGUGAUGGAGGCAAACGACUUGAAGAUCAUCAAAGACAUGGGGGAGCACAUCCGGUGCCUGCUGGGCGUGGGACAAGGUGCGCCCAUGGAGACAGUGAAGGCCAGGCUGCGGCAGGCGGUGCAAGUGAAGGCUAAGAACAUGCGCCGAUGCAGCAAGCCAAGUGAGUUUUGCAAGGGAAAUCAAGGGGCAUAUGUCCUACCUUUAAGCGGGUUUUACCUUUCAUGACACACACGCCUUAUUGCGGCCUGUUUUACGUUGUUACACGUUGUUUCCCCGCCCUUGCCGAACCCAUGUCUCCUUCCAUCCCUCCCGUUAUAGAAGACGUGAACCUGGACACGGUCGAUGAGGAGGAAGGCCUGCAGCCGGCAUCACCAUCAGCACCGGGUGAGGAGGAGGAGCCAGCCACGCCCGAGGUGCCCAAGCCGUACAUGUGGGCUAAGCUGCCUGGAGGGGACACGGAGAAGUACGCUGCGGCUGACAACCACCUCGACUGGCUGGCGGACUUCGACAUAGGGGACAACGCAGGGUGCAUCCUUGUGGGAAGCCUGGACAAGGACGAGUUGGUUCCGGUAACACUUGGCUGCGGCCUGCUGCUGGACCCACUGGACGCCAAGACCGACCCGGCGGCUACCGUUGACGUCCUGGUCUUUGGCAUCAACACUAACGUCAAGCGCACCAAGAACGCUUACAUGCCGUCCAGUGUGGGCGGCAAGACUAGCACCUUUGCGCUGGAGGAGAAGGACAAAGACGGCAAGCUGGUACGCAAGCUUGCAAGGUCCCAGACGGUCAAGUGGCCUGUCAUGGGCAUCCUGCCCACAUUCAAUGGUAGCACCGGCAUAACGGUGUCCAUGACUUUCUACGGGACUCGCGAGAAGGACAUCGCCACCAUCAAGACGUGCCUAGCGCAGAAGCGGCAGGCACGCGCUGUUGAGGGGAAGUAGUAGAAUGCGUAGGCUUGUGUGGCGUACAGCGUCCUUGGUUUUACCCCUUUACUCCCUGGACGGAUGGCCACAUAGUGAGGAUCAUAAUACGACUCUGAGAUGCACAAAGGAAGCACACCGGUGCAUGGCAUGGGGAAGGCAUCUGGACCAACGAGACAGCGUAUUGCCUGUUGUGACCAUGUGCGUCGCAGAUGGAUGCUUUGCGUUAAACAGACUGUACCUAUGUGUUUCACAUCAUGCCGUCGAAAUGACAAUUCGGCCCAGGUGCAUAGGGCAUAGCGUGGGGGAGCGUGUUGUGUUCAGUUGCAUUACCGCAUAGCAUUACGUUAGGACACCCGUUUUUACCAACACACAUGUUGCUUCAUGUUGGAGACUCAGUAAUUGGCUUUGGAGUUGCUUGGUGGCAGAGUGAAGGAGCUAACCUGUCAUACGGCAUAUAUAUUCCUCUACUUGUUUUGGAUGUUAACUGGGCAGGCCCUCAUCUGGGGCGUAGUGCCAACACCUGAAGAAUGACGAAAUCAAAGAAGAGCAUAAGAGCCCUAACUUCUUGCUUGUUGUGAAUGAAUGGUUGACAGUUACAAUAGUUCGUGUUGUGUCCUUCUGUCAUGGUGCUGCCAAGCAGCAUUCAACCGUCAACUGGGCUCCUCAUUGGCCCUUUUUAACCUGACGACCCCUGUUUACCUAAUCAGUCAGCACA